AUGCCACAGCACGACCAACCGGACAAGAAGCCAAGGCUUCAGCACGCCGAUCUUUCCGAAUCUAAUCUUACCGAACAGGAAAAGCAACGCGAACGUCAAAGACGAUGGCUCGCCAACGAGAAGCGCGAUCCUGCUCGGGCGCAAGAGAUCAAGGAAAGGAACGCGGCCAACAAACGUGCAUGGAGAAAGCGAAAGAAGGAGGAAAAGGAGAAGGCCGACCAAACAGGCAACGCAGGCCCCGCCGAAGGACAAGGUCCUGCGAAGAAACAGCGUGUUUCCUCUCCCGAAACACAUGCUGAGGCGGGACCGUCCAACUCAGCCCCAGACGAUAUCCCUAUCAACCCAAUCCUCCUCAACCAGGAGGAAACCCUUCCUCAGGCGGGACCUUCUAACUCAGGCCCGGACCAUAUCCCUAUCGACCCACUUCUCCUCAACCAGGAGAUUGCCGCGCCUACUCCCACUCUCCCUCUAAUGCGCGAUGCUGAGGUGAUGACGGAUGCGCCGGAACCUUUCGUCAAUCUGCCCGUCGAAAUCAUCCCUGUACCUUCUUCGCCUACCUUCUCUACCCUUACCAAUCUCGACUCUCGCGACCGGGCGACUCCCAUUAUCGGCACUCAAGUACACGAAAAAUCAGACACCAUCGACUGGUCUGAUGGAUCCACGACGGUACUACCGUGCAUCAUGAGGGAUGGCGUCAAUAUAUGCCAAGAAGACGCCGACACAGUGGCUUUCUUUGCUUCUCUCCCGGAAUCGCUUCCAGAGACCUCUAAAAACGUCGUGCAUUUACAUUACAAGGACUGGCGCACAAAGAGCCGACAGUUGUGCGACGAGAUCUCUGCGGCGAUUCGGGUAAACAAAGCCGUCGUCAUUCGGAACAUAAGCACACCCGAACCUGCAACGUUGGAUCUAGACUACCUCGAAGAUCGCGGGAUGUCAGACUUAAUGCACGUCGUCAUACAUGACGCUGAACAACGUACCAAGGAUUUCACGUUUCCCCACCAGCAUGCAACUCUCGAAGAGUUCGUGAACAACAUACACGAUCCUAACAAGAUCCAGUGUAUUCUAGACGUUGGAUACGGACAAGGUGGUCUCCCGUCAGCUCUAAGCACUCUCGACAGCGGUAUCGUCAACGGAUGGAAUCAAACUACCGUUGACUGCCCCGUCGGUGAAAAGGUCCACCCGGAUAACUUCACCGUACACUCGUGGGCGUUGAUUCAUAGCCCCGCGUUUUGGACACAUCCGCACCACGACUCGGAUGGUAGCCUGACAUUCGUGCAAGUCGAAACAGGCGAAAAAAAAUGGGGCCUGUGGCGACACGUUCACGAGGACAUGCUCACACGGACCCACCUCUCCGAAAUAGCCCCCGAACUCACGGAUCUCUAUCAAAACCGCAAGAAAAUACAGGAGACUUGGCACGGAGAAAUUGUCACUCUCUUACCCGGUGACAUGCUUAUACAACCUCCAGGCCAAUUCCACGCGGUUUAUACACCAGUAACUUCGUUUGCCACCGGAGGGCAUUUCUACAACUACGAAACCAUGCAUCUAACGGAACUUUCUCGAUACAUAGACCACAAGCAAGGAAGGACCCUCACUAACCAAGUCCACGAGCAUUCUCUGGAAACUUUUCAGCGAAUGGUCAUUAACUUACCGCGCAUAUCGCGUCGUAUUAAGCUAUACAGCAGGCCUUUGAUUGCUCUUUGCAUCAUGGUCUUAGAUUGCAACAAAUAUGUUGCCGCCGGCACUGAAAAGCCGAAGUUCAAGACGAACACCACAAAGCCGGCGCAUGAUAUCGCCAACGCGAUCAUAAAGAACUUCUGGAAGGACCUCAAGAACGCAACUAGCGUGUAUCGCAAGAAGCAGAUACAUGGCAGCAAUAGCCAGACGCAUCCGGGUGAACCCAUUAGUAGAGAUGAACUGCUGAAUUGCUUGAAGCGCUUCACUGCGCUGUAG